CUUUAUCUCUCUAACUUCAGAUUUUCUACCAGCCGAUUAACUAACUACUGCCGCAUUUCAUGGAUUCCUUCAAGACCUCUCACUCCGACGAGGAGGUGAUCCUGGCGUCCAGCCACCCGAAGAAGCGGGCGGGGAGGAAGAAGUUCAAGGAGACGCGCCACCCGGUCUACCGCGGCGUGCGGCGCCGAAACUCCAACCGCUGGGUGUGCGAGGUGCGUGAGCCCACCCAGCAGAAGCGGAUAUGGCUGGGGACCUACCCGACCGCCGAGAUGGCAGCCAGGGCCCACGACGUGGCCGCCCUUGCCCUCAGGGGCCAGGGCGCCUGCCUCAACUUCGCCGACUCCGUGUGGCGGCUGCCCCACCCGGCCUCUAAUGACCCCAAGGAGAUACGGAGGGUCGCUGUCGAGGCCGCGGAGGCGUUCCGCCCCACAUUGGGGGGCGAGGUUUAUGAGGAAAGAGGGGAGAUGAAUAAUGAGGCCGCAGCGGUGGAUGAGGGGAGUAGCUCCUCCGUCAAUGUGCUGGGUGGUGAUUUUUGCAUGAAUGAGGAAUAUGACGGGGCGGGCGGCGCGUUGAUGUCGCCGCCGCGGCACUUCGAAGGAGGCUUCGGCUGGAAUGAUGACGGGGAAAGCGAUGCUGAGGUGGAGCUGUGGAGUUACUCACUUUGAUAAAUUAUGAUUAAUUGGGGGUAGGGCAUAUAUAGUCCCACCAAUGAAAGGCUAGAUUUUAUAU